AAACCCCUCCUUGCAUGUGUCCCUCACAUGUGAUUUCUUUUAUUUAUUAUUAUUUUUAUUUUUUUUCCAAGGAAAUGAGCAUAUAUUUACUUUAUUUUGAUUAAUCUACUAAGGAUUCGAAGUAUCAGCAAAGGAUUCUUACCUUCAUAAUUAGGCAAAAUUUAUAGAACUAUCCCAACACAGAUUUUCCAAGGUGUACACAUUAGCUUAAAUCUCUCAUAUUGUGUAUAAGUUUGAUAUCUGAAAAUCCCAGGGUGUAAGGAGAGGGUUUUUUGACAUUAACAUCUCAAAGACUGAAAUGUCAUUUAAGGAAAAGCGAAGUUUUAAUUUAAUCUGUGCUGUCUGCUCUUCAAAGAAACCUGGUUUAGCCUCCCGAUGCCAUUGCUUCCUAUGAUACCUUCAUUCCCAUCAAUUGCAUUGUGCCACAUAUCAUGACAAACACCGACACCAUAUAUUAGCCUACGGGGCUGUUACCUAUUACCCGUCGCCCUUAACGGCCCCGAAACCAAGACUUGCCUUAUGCAUGCUCACGUGCAUGCAUGGGUGCUUGCACAUUUCCAAGAUCCAAGCUUGCUACUAUACUCAAAAAACCCCCCACCAUUCAUGACCUUAAUUAGGGCUUAACUUCACUAAUCACAUUCUUGAACACUUUCUAUGAGCAAGUGAAAGAGAGUGGAGAGCUCUUUUAAGCAAUUUGGGAUAAUAUGGACAGAGGAUGGAAGGCCAAUGUUGAAAUACCACCGAGCUGUCCUCGAUGUGGUUCUUCAAACACUAAAUUUUGUUAUUACAACAACUACAGCUUGACUCAACCUCGAUAUUUCUGCAAAGGUUGUAGAAGGUAUUGGACCAAAGGUGGAUCUCUAAGGAACGUCCCUGUGGGUGGUGGUUGCAGGAAGAACAGAAGAGUGAAGUCCUUAAGGCUUUCCACUUCUGAUGUUGCUCAUUCCAGAAGCUUUGGUGCUUUCUCUAGCAAAGGGGUUACCUCUGUUGAAAGUCGUAGCUCUUCCAUGACAUCUGAUGGUUCACAUAUUGAUCUUGCUCUUGUUUAUGCAAAUUUCAUGAAUCCUCAUCAACCACCACCUUCCAAGAGCACCGCGACCACCACCACCACUGCUACUAGUAGCACCGGUUUUGAAAUGCAAGAAUUGGGUACUGGUGAGUUUGAUCAGCCUCUUGAUUUUCCUACCAUUCCAAACUCAAAUUUGGAAUCAAGCAGCGUUCAACUACAUGGAAGUCUUGAUGGGUGCCUCACUACUAUCUCUGGUUCUUACAUGGAAGCUCCUUCUGAUGAUAACAAUAAUCAUCAGUUGAUGUGCUAUUAUGGGGCGGACAGCUCAACACACAAUCACCAAGCUCAUGAUAAUAACGUUCAACAAUGCUUAGGUACUCAUCACGAAUCAAACCACAAUGGGUUGCCACCAUUGCCAGGAGAAGAGGUAAGCUCUCAUGAAGAGAUAUUAUGGUCCAAUUCUCACUUGAUGUGUAAUGAUCAUACCAUGCAAGUGACACAAGAUCCAGUUGUUGGACCUGAAACUCAAGAUUCUAAUCUCUUGUUCGGUAGCUGGAAUCCCUUUGAUCUUUCUAGUGUUAAUAUUUCUUCGCAAGGACUUGACAAUUAAAAAAUAUGGCUUUACCUUCAUUAUUUUUCUUGUAUUUUAAAAAUGUAGAGAAUCUCAAGUAAUUCUGUACAUGUCAACCUGAAUUUAUAAUAAUGCAUAUGCAUGUCUCAUGCACCUGCAAUUUGAUUUUCCAUAUGUAUAUAAAAGAUUUUCA